AUGAGUGACGGUAGCGAAAUUUUUGCCCUUCCACCCGAAGUUCUCGCAAAUACCCCCGCUUUAGAGCCGCCGCCGGGCGUAACGGCUCUGUCUGACAAUCCAGAAAGUAGGGGAUAUAUACUUAUCGUUGUUAAUACUAUCAUGACCUUUGCAAUGACAGUAUGUUUUAUCAUUCGAGUAUAUACGAAGGUGGCGAUUCAGCGAAAAGUCACUUGGAGCGAUUGUAAGUUUUCUUUUUUGCUUAUGGUCAUUCCCGGUGGUAAUAUUGGGUAUCAUCAAUGGGAUGUUUCGUUAGCGAAUUUAAUAACUAAACGGAACUUAGUGGCAUUAUACAUGAAUCUCAUUUUCCUUCAGCCCACUUUGGGUUGUAUGAAGCUCUCUAUAUUCAUUACGUACCUUGAAGUAUUUCGGGGUUUACGCUGGAUGCAAAUCUGUGUUUACAUCGGUGCAACAUUCUCUACCGCUUUUUAUCUGGCACUCACAAUUGUACAAUUUUACGCCGCAACGCCCGUCGGCGGAGGAAGAUUUGCUAAGAUGAUAUUCAUGCCCCGUUUUGCCAUACUCAAACGCAUCACAUUCGCAGUGACUGGUAUUGCGUUGGCCAUUGAUAUAUACCUUUUUAUCUUACCCCUUGUUGCGGUGAGUAAGCUCCGUAUACCGACAAAAAGGAAGAUCUUUGUGAUGAUAGGGUUUGGUAUAGGAUUAUCCGCUUGCAUUUGUGCUGCUCUAAGUUUUGUGUAUCGUUAUAUCGAUCACUGGAGUAUCGAUAGUACAUGGACUUCUCUCCCAGUCAUUGUCUUAACAUCUGUCGAAUUAUUUUGCGGCAUUAUAAUAGCUUGUUUUCCAUCCUUGCUUCUCUUCUCCCGCACAUACAGCAAAGAAUUUUCCAGGGUGGGCAACGCGAUAUCAUCCUGUUCAUGUGGUAUCCGACGCAAAACGUCCAGCACAGCAACCAAGAGCUCACAGUAUACAAGUGACCCCUCUGAAGCGUCAAGAGCGACCGAUGACCCAAAUCUUUACCCUGAUCUCGAUUUCUUGACAACACCUGGAGAUAUUGAACGUACCGCUUUGGAAAGGCGCAUGGAGAAUAAAAUUGGACGGGAUGUGAUUGCUGUUUGAUGUAUGCUAGAUUAGAUGCUUGCAUAUUCGUCAAUACUAUUCCUGUGGGAACAUAACAUGAAUGGGAAUCAAAUUGUUAAAAUUUAUUUAUUACGCUCAUACCAACUGUACCGUCCAGUCUAUGGCGGCAAGCAGAAGUUGUGGGAGGCAAUUCUGUGAAAUUUUGAGAAGCUUGAGAAUUGCCUAGUUCAAUGUUCUGGGUAGUUUUCAUUACUCUUCUUCCUUGGACUACUCGGAUGACACUGGGAGGUUCUUGAUAUCUGUCAAAGGGUGUAUAUAAAAGCUUAUUUUUGAAAAAAAU